CUCUCGCGGGAUCUCCCGGGAGGACGGAUGGGGUCAGGCCCCAUCAUGGCGGCGGAGGAGGCGGAUGUGGAUAUCGAAGGGGACGUGGUGGCAGCGGCAGCACAGCCCGGAAAUGAUGAAAAUACAGCAUCUAUUUUACAAGAUCACUAUCUUGAUUCAUCAUGGAGAACUGAGAAUGGUCUUAUUCCUUGGACUCUGGAUAGCACCAUCAGUGAAGAGAACAGAGCUGUCAUUGAGAAAAUGUUGUUGGAAGAAGAGUAUUAUUUAUCUAAAAAAUCACUUCCAGAAAAAUUCUGGCUUGAUCAAAAGGAAGAUGAUAAGAAAUACAUGAAGAGUCUGCAGAAAACAGCAAAAAUCAUGGUACAAUCUCCUACAAAACCAGCCAGUUUCUCAGUAAAGUGGACGAUAGAAGAAAAAGAGCUGUUUGAACAAGGGCUGGCUAAAUUUGGCCGAAGGUGGACCAAAAUUGCAAAGCUAAUUGGGAGUCGAACUAUUUUACAAGUCAAGAGCUAUGCCAGACAGUACUUUAAAAAUAAGGUAAAAUUAGAUGGUACAGAGAAGGAAACACCAAAUCAGAAGAACAGCAGUGAUUUUCAGAUUAAAAGUGAAGAUGAAAGCACAAAGUCAUGGACCUCAUCAAGUUUAAGGGGACGUGCUGAUCCCAACUUGAAUGCUGUAAAAAUUGAAAAGUUAUCUGACGAUGAAGAAGUAGACAUCACAGAUGAGGCAGAUGAGUUGACUUCUCAGGCACCACAGGAGAAUCCUAGCAGUGAUAUUUUAUUAAAUAUCCCUAAUAGUAAAAGUAAUGAAACCUACCAAGGAGAAUGUAUUACCUCUGACAGCCAGGAAGAUCCCAUUUCUAAAUCUUCCAAGGAAUAUCUCCAGAAUCCAAAGCACGUUGAGAUGGAAACACUUUCAAGCUCAGGAAUUAAAUUUUGGACUGAAAAACAGAGUACCAGUGAUGAAAAGUCAGUUGAAUUAAAUGAUCAGAAAUGUAAUAAACUGAUGAAAAACUGUGAUAAGCAUAAUGGAAAUGGAAUAGUAGAUGAUACCAGGCUGUUGCCUUCUCCGGAGCCUUGUGAAGUUCAGAAAGAUUUGAGUGAUCAUGAAAUGCUUUUUCAUUCUUGCCAAAUGGAGGAGGAACACCAUGAGGAAGAAGAGCUUAAACCACCAGAGCAAGAAGUAGAAAUAGAUAGAAAUAUUAUUCAAGAAGAAGAAAAACAAGCAAUUCCUGAGUUUUUUGAGGGGCGCCAAGCUAAAACACCAGAACGCUAUUUGAAAAUUAGGAAUUACAUUUUGGAUCAGUGGGAGAUAUGCAAACCGAAAUACUUAAAUAAGACCUCAGUACGUCCUGGCCUGAAGAACUGUGGGGAUGUUAAUUGUAUUGGACGGAUUCAUACAUACCUCGAAUUGAUAGGAGCAAUCAAUUUUGGAUGUGAACAGGCUGUCUAUAACAGGCCACAACCAGUUGAUAAAGUACGAAUCAGAGACAGAAAAGAUACAGUAGAAGCAUACCAACUUGCCCAGCGUCUGCAAUCCAUGCGCACAAGGAGGCGUAGGGUCCGAGACCCAUGGGGAAAUUGGUGUGAUGCAAAAGACUUGGAAGGACAGACGUUUGAGCAUCUCUCUGCUGAGGAGUUGGCAAGAAGAAGAGAAGAGGAAAAAUGCAAACCUAUUAAAUCUUCAAAAGUGCAAAGACCAACAAAAAGCUCAUUUGAUCCCUUCCAGCUGAUACCUUGUAAUUUUUUCAGUGAAGAAAAGCAGGAGCCAUUUCAGGUGAAAGUGGCUUCAGAAGCACUUUUAAUAAUGGAUUUGCAUGCUCAUGUGUCUAUGGCAGAAGUGAUUGGUCUCUUAGGAGGAAGAUACUCAGAAAUUGAUAAGAUAGUCGAAGUCUGUGCAGCAGAACCAUGUAACAGUCUGAGUACAGGACUGCAGUGUGAGAUGGACCCUGUCUCACAAACACAGGCCUCGGAAGCCUUGGCUGUCAGAGGCUACAGUGUUAUUGGAUGGUACCAUUCUCAUCCUGCCUUUGAUCCCAAUCCUUCCCUACGAGAUAUUGAUACUCAAGCCAAAUACCAGAGUUACUUCUCCAGAGGUGGUGCCAAGUUCAUUGGAAUGAUUGUUAGUCCCUAUAAUCGAAACAAUCCUUUACCAUAUUCCCAGAUUACCUGCCUGGUUAUAAGUGAUGAAAUUAGCCCAGAUGGCUCUUAUCGUGUACCUUAUAAAUUCGAAGUACAGCAGAUGUUAGAAGAACCUCAGUGGGGAUUAGUGUUUGAAAAGACAAGAUGGAUAAUAGAAAAAUACAGGCUCUCCCAUAGCAGUGUCCCUAUGGAUAAAAUUUUUCGCCGGGAUUCUGACCUGACUUGUUUGCAGAAACUUCUGGAGUGUCUGAGGAAAACUCUGAGCAAAGUGACAAAUCGCUUCAUCGCUGAAGAAUUCUUGACUCAAAUAGAAGAUUUAUUCCUUUCCAGUUAUAAAAGCAAGCAGGAGAAUGGAGUGGGUGAAGACAACUGUAUUGUAGGUCCAAAGGAAUUGUUAAUGUAGUGAUUUUAAAGUAAGACAUUUUAAUCUUGACAUAGUAGAUCCUAUUGUCAUUUACAACCUUGAAUGAUUGUAAUUUAGUUAACAGUGACACAGCUUUGAUAUUUUUCUCUAGUUCACAAAAUCUGAACUUUGCCACAUAAAUCAUGUGACAGAAAGGGAUAGGGACUUGUUUUUAUGUAGUGAGUACCAGAGUUUGUGUAAAUGGGUUUGCCACAUUGUUCCUGUCCUGUGAGCGGUGGCCAGCAAGCAGAGCAGCAGACUGAAGGGCUGUCUGCUUUACUGUUGUAUUCAGGUUGAUAAGCAGAAUGUGUCUCUAAUUUUUAUUUCUCCCUGAACUAGUCAUUUUAUUUUUGGGAACUCAUGUCUCAUUAGGAGCACUUUCAUCCUUUCCAUGUGUUUUGGUGAGGUUUGUGUAUGGUUGCAAAUGAGAUAUGGAUGGGUGGCCCCAGAGGUAAUUAACGUGGUUGAAAAUUACUGAUUUAAUAAAUCUAACAACAUGCUGUGAUGCCAGGGGGAGGCCUAAGGAGAAAAUCUUAAAAAUAGGGAAGAGGCCCAAAGGAGAGAAUCAAAUUAUCAGUUUUUUAAUUAUAGAUAUUUGCUUCCAUUUUUUUUAUAACCACAAUACUACAGGAUAUGCCAUUUUCUCAACUCUCUGAAACAUUUUGUAUGGAUUUCAGAUAUAUAAAAUAAUUAGUUUCAACUAUAUAUCCACACAUUAGUGUAUAUGUGAUAAAACCUCACUUAACUGCAACACAGAUAAUCAUAACCCUCAAACUAGAUUCUUUUUCUAUACCUGAUGUUGGUAGAAAGAGGCAAAUUACAAUAAAGCUUAAAUAAAUCAGAGAUUUACUUUUUUAAAAACAAAAAAGCCUUCCAGGACAUAUUACAUAUGUAACCCAAUUUCAUAUACUUUUUGAAUGUAGAACAGAAGUCAGCAAACUUUUUAUGUAAAGGGGCAGUUAGUCAAUAACUUGGGCUUUGCAGGACACUACUGUCUCUGUCAGACAUUCUUUAUAUUGUUUUACAACCCUUAAAAAUGUAAAGCCAUUCUUAGCUCAUACGGCCUCACAAAAAACAUUGCUGGCCAUUACCUUCCAACCCCUGCUCUAGAGAAUUGCAGAUAAUUAGGAUUUCUUUUCAGAUGUAUGAGCCUGAGACACUGAAAGAUCUUGCAUCAUUUUCAAAAAUAAAACUCAAAAUUGUGAUUUACAUUUAAAAAAAAAACAAAACCUAACAAUCAUGCUGCCUAAUUUAUCCUAAUUGUAGUUUAUUUCUAUUAACCAUCAAAUUUAUAUCCAUUCUCCAACAUUCUUAUUAAUAACAGGUUUAUUAUAUCUAAUCUGGGUGUGAUCCUGUAUUUUUACCUUUUUGGUUAUAAUCAGUAGCCAAGGAAGAAUAAGGCAAUACUGGAAGGAGCAGUGAGCCAGUUUUAGAUGAUCUGGGUCUUGAUUCAACCUUGUAAUUUUGGGGGAUAAGCUUACUAACUUCUUUAGGCCUAAAUUCCUGUGUAUCUUAGGUCUGAGUUAUCUUCCUGACAUCCUUCCAAGUCUGAAAUCAUACACUUCAUUCUAAUCGUUGGACUACUCACCUGGAACUUGAUAUUUUGAGAUGGUAUAGUUCCAAAAUUAGCAAAUGUUUUUAAAGAAAACUGGUAGUAUUUUCUAUUUCUCUAUGUGCAUUUAGAAUCAACAAUGAAACAUAACAUAUAAAGCAAUUACUUUGGGGACUGGGGGUGUAAGCUCUAGACCAAAAAUCAGGAAACUUAAGAGUUCUUACCCUAAUUCUUUUAUCAGCUUUGCUGUGUGACUGAUAAAAUCACAUAACCUGUCUGGACCUCAGGUUCUUCAUCUAGAAUUCAAGGGUCUGAAUUUUAUGAUUUAGUAUUUAUUUCUAAGUGCAGAAAAAUCUGCGAUUCUGUAAAAGGUAGUAAUUCAUUUCUUUGUACUCUUCCUUUUGACAUAUUUUCCUCAUUGUACAUGGGGAACAGAUCUUAGAGAAUGGUAUUAGUUAGCUUUUGUGAUCAACAGUCCCCAAAUUUAUGUUGAAAAAUUUGGGUUAUGGAAAAGUGUGGAAAUUGUUAGAAGCUCUGUUCUCCAAUCUGGGUCUUCUGCAUGCCAGUGGUUAACUAUAUUUACUAAGCCAUACUGUGAGGAAUGCAAAGGUGGUAAUCCUCAGCAUUUAGAGCUUUGAGAGCACAAUUUUUUUAAUUAAGUAUUUUUUAAAAACAGAAAAUAUCCUAUCUAGAAACCACAUCCUUCCCCAUUUCUUUUUAUUUUUGGAUAGUGUAAUUUUAGAACAUUAAAAGUUGUGAUAUUUCCUCCCCUCCUCCCUCAUUCAUUCUCCCUGCUUCCUUUUCUUUUCUUAGCAUAUUCUUAAAACAUUUUUGUAGCUGGAGGUACCCACAUUUCUGUCACUGCCAACCUUGGGCUGUGAGGGUAGUUGAAGCAGGCAGGUCCUUGGAGAAACAGAAGAAAUUUAGAACUGAAUGUCAGUGUAGUACAGGAAGUUUAGGAGGUAGGGUCUUAAAGGGAAAUCUGCCUCUUAUAAUAUGUACAGUAUUGGAGAUAUGACUUGAAAACAUCCAAGUCUCUUCAAAUGAACUUAAUUUUCUUCUUCUAGCUUGGCUAGUAGAAAUUGACACUAUUACUUCACCAGUGUUAGAUUUAGCUCUCUUGAAAAAUCUAAUCCCAAAGUAACGUUCAAAAAAAGAAAAAUCAGUGGAAUGAGAUCAGACUCUCCUUCCCUCUCCAUUACUCUAGUGUUGGUCCAUUGGCCCCAUAUUCAGAACUACCUUAUGACUAUCACAGGGCCUUAGACACUUUUAUCUUCUUGGACCUCUUCCAUUAAAAAUUAAUCCUGUAUAAUAAAAGCCUAAUAUGCUAAGUGUCCCGUCAUCUGGUUGUCCAUUCAACCAAUCAAAGCGUAAUAUGCUAAUGAUAUGCUAAGGACGCUCAACCACUCGCUAUGACGUAUACUGACCACUGGGGGCAGACGCUCCAACCGGUAGGUUAGCUUGCUGCUGGGGUCCAGCCUGAGCGAGACCAGGACUGAGCAAGACGGGCCGGACAUGCCCUGGAGCCCUCCCACAGUCCCUCCCCAGGUGGCCAACCUCCUGCGUCCCUCCCUGGCCCCAAUCGUGCAGCGGUGGGUCCCUUGGCCUGGCCUGUGCCCUCUCAUAAUCGGGGACCCCUUGGGGGAUGUCAGAGAGCCAUUUUCGGCCCCAUCCCGCAGGCCAGGCCAAGGGACCCCACUGGUGCAUGAAUUCGUGCAUCUGGUCUUUAGUACAUUAUCAUUGCAUUUGCAUAAAAUGAAUUUAUAAUCUAUAGUUUCCCUUCAUUUCCCUCAAGCCCUUUCUUCAUCUCCACUCCUCUACUUCUGACCUGUCAGCAUUUAGGUACAAGGUCAUUCAUUCUAUCAUUUGUUGAAAGCAGGACCUGAAGAAUAGAGAUGAACAGACACAUUCAUAUUUCCCAGGAGCUGAUUAAUGCUUCACCAGCCUUCUCUCUCUAACUUGCCUCCCCCACAGGAGUGGUGGGGUCUGUGACGUGCACCCUGCAAGCAGGGUCAGAGAACCUCUGCAGCUCUCUGGGCAACAGAGGAAACUAUGGCCUCAACAUACCAACCUGAGCAGGUCUUCUGCUCUUCAGUUUACCUGCUUCCUGUUUUACGCUGUGUCCUAACAAGCUGAGCUAGAGGACCUUUGGAACUGAUCUAGUCUAGGUGUCCUAGGAUUGAUGCUUUGUCCUGUACCCUAAAUAAGAGCCAUAUGACAUUUGAAUACCUGAAAGGUAGCUCCCUGUCCUCAAGUCAUCAGCAGAUAUCCAGUUGAUGGAUUUCUCAGUAAAAAUGAAGUCAGGAUAUCCACAUUUUGUGUUUUUUGUUUUGUUUUUGUUUUACGCUUUUCCUCUACCAAUAGCUAGAGACUAAAUCUAGAAUCACACACAUCAUGGCAGUUAGGAAAACGUCACUUAAGCACAAAGGAAAAAGCACAUACAUUUUUAUCAGCAUCUGCUCCAUCAGGGUUCAUAUGCAUUUAACACAUUUGAUCUGUAUCUCCAGUUCUUCAGUAGUUUAAUAAUUUUCUUGUAAAUUAAUACCAGAUUUUGCAAUAUUUCCAGAAAAAUCACUAUAGAGAAUAAUGUAACAUAUUUAAUUCCUGACCUUUCCUUAAGUGGUUUUAUGUGUGCUCUUUCCCCAAACUGUUUUCUCUGAGUGUUUUUCUGUUUUUGUUUUCAUUUAACCUGUAAUUUGUGCUUUCUGCUGUUUUCCAAGGUUUUUUAAAUAUGUUAUUAUUGAUUUUAGAGAGGGAGGGAGAAGGAGAGAGAUAGAAACAUUGAUUAGAGAGAAACAUCAACCAGCUGUCUCCUGCAAACCUCCUAAUGGGGAUCAAGCCUGCAACGCAGGCAUGUGUCCUGACAGGCAAUCAGACCAGUGAGCUCUUGGUGCAGGGGUCCACACUCAACCACUGAGCCACACCGGCCAGGCAUCUGGAUCUUUUAAGCCAUCUUAAAUCCUUUCUGGAACAAGACAGAGAACACAUAUGGUCUCCCCCUAAUUAAUUAACUUAUGACAUCUUGUUUUUAUUUUCUUUGAAUAUUACUUAUGAAUUUAUUCAUAAGGACUUUAAUUUUAGGGGAAAUUUUAGGAUAGCCUGAUUUGCUAUCUUUGAGAAUUCCUAAAGUAGUCUCUUAGGAAUUAAGAAGGAUGUAAAAUACGAUUUCAUAGUUUAUGUUCCUCUUUCAUAGGGUACAAAAGAAUAUUUGUUUCAACCUAUGGAUGGUAAAGUAGCAUGUAGAUUCUAGCAUGAUUUAAGUAGAUUAGUCAUAUAUCUUUAAAUCUUUGGAUUUGACAUGUAAAUUGUGUAUUAUGUAUAAGUUUACUAUGAUUAUUGAUAAGACUAUUGCUGUUUUCCCAAAAUAUUAUCAGUGUUUAUGGAUUUCUUUUAGUAGUUUGAAUCUUGGAAUGUUCUGUAACAAAAUACAACUUAAGCUAUUUUGUACGUUUAAAUAUGAUGCCAUGUUGUCUAUUAAUAUUAAAGAAUAUUGUGAAUAUGAAUAUUUAUAUGAUUAUAAAAACUUUUUCUCAAAAUGAUUGAACUCUCUUCCCAAUACUUAACUAUGUGACAUAUUAUAAAAUAUCUGACUUUAAAAAGUGGGAUUUUGUGGUAAAAAUUAAAGAGAAACAUUCUGAAGAUUCUAUAUAAGUAAGGUUUUGAAAAUAAAGUGGUGAAUCAUU